GCACCGCUAGAGUCCAAAACCAAAACCCCAAUCGCACAGAAGAGGCAGAGAGAGAGAGAGAGAGAGAGGUCCAUCCAUGGCUUCCGCCGUCGCUUCCAUGGUGGCCGCGCCGAAGCCCGUCUUCCUCAUGGACCUCCUCGCCUCACCCUCCGCGUCCUCCCGCCACCUCUUCCGCACCGGAGACGCGCGGCCACGCUCCUCCUCCGACGGCGUCAAGGACUCCACCGGCAAGGACGACGCCGCCGCCGCCGACGGCCGCCCUGAGCGGGACCCCUCCAUCCCCAAGCUCUUCACCGGAGACGUGCUGGACCUGUUCCCCGAGGCUGCGAAGCGGGACCUGCUGCUGGCGCUGGCGGAGGACGGCGGCGGCGCGGGGUCCAUGAUCACCGGCUUGGCCCCGCGCGGUUGGUGGAUCUCCAAGAAGGAUGGCGACGCGUUGCAGCUGAAGGUGGCGAUGCCGGGGCUGGGGAAGGAGCACGUGAAGAUGCGGGCGGAGAAGAACGUCCUGGUGAUCAAGGGGGAGGGCGACAAGGAUGCCGAGGGCGACAAGGACGCCGAGGGCGACGACGACAAGGUCCCGGUCCCGGUCCCGGUCCCGGCACGGUACAUCUACCGCAUCGGCCUCCCCUCCCAGGCUUUCAAGAUGGACCAGAUCAAGGCGGAGAUGAAGAACGGCGUGCUCAUCCUGACCAUGCCCAAGAUCAAGGGCGAGGGGCGCAAGGACGUGUUCGGCAUCAAGAUCGAGUAGGGGGUGGGUGGGCAUCGGAUGGGUCCUCCCAUCUGGUCUCCUGGUUUGUUGCAGUCCAUAUCGUAGUUGCAAUGAACUAGUCGUACUAGUGGUAGUUUUCAUUACUGGAUGAGUAUGUAGUAUAGUAGUCGUUUCUGAUGCAGAGCAGCAGUGGCUGCGAACGGGCCGGGAUCGGAGGGCUUUGGCUUUUUGGUGGUGGUGCCUGAUGUGAGGCAGCCAUGUUUACCUUUCUUUUCGUCGACUUAGCUUGCAAAGUUUAGUUUCCUGUAUGAUCUCGUGAUGAACUUCAAAUGGUAAUGGCAUCUGCAGUUAAUGGUCGACAUCUAUAUGACCUUUGUGUA